GAGCCCCCGCCCCCGCCCUCGCCCCCCGGUCCUCCGGGGCCCGCGCGGCCGCCGCCGCGCGGGCCCCGCGCCCGCCUCCCGGGCUCCUCCGCCGCGGGCGCCCUCUCCACGGCGGCGCCGGCGCCAUGCUGCCGGCCACGAUUGCGGUCACCGCGGCCUGCUCCUUCGUGGCCGGCUUCAGCCACUCGCUGUGUGGGCUGGGGGGCUCGGUGCUCUUCACGAUCGGCUGGUCGUUGUCGAGCGAGUUCGGCCUGGUGCCUCGAGGCAUAGCGGCAGGCAUUCCCUUCAUUAUGAUCCACAUUGCUGUGGUUUGUCCGGCUAUCGCCUGGCACCUGAGAGAGCUGGUCCCGUGGCGCUUCUGCGUCCUCGUCGCGACGGUGUGGAAUCUAGUCUACUUCGUUGGCAGCUACUUGCUCAGGGUCGUCGACGGGUCGGCAUUCAAGCGGGGCAUCGGCUGCGUGCUCUUUCUCAUUUUCACUACCCAGGCGGCAGCGUCGAUUUUGAGAGUCCAGGCCCUCAAGGACGCUGUCCAGAACUGUUGCCGCAGGAAGAAGAUCUCCCUGCAGUCACAGUCCAGAGAAGAGGACGUCGAGCCGGCGGAGAUAGAGCUGCUGCACCUGAAGUGCGGAGAGGCUCCUCUGCAGCCCUGGGAGCUCUCGCUCGAGAGCGGCAACAGUGAGGCGCCCCUGACCGCCGCGGAGGUCCCUCCCGCCAAGGCGGCUCCAGCCGACAUCUUCGAUUUGUCGAACAUGAAGAAUGUUGCCGCGGCGGUUUCUUUGGGAUUCUGCGCUGGCUUCCUGCAGGGCCUCAGCGGGAUGGCAUUUCCCGCAACGCUCGUCUACACGCUGCUGACAGGGGUUCAGAAGGACGCCUGGCGGGCCACGAACUCCGCGAUCUUCGCCCUGACCGUGGUCCCCAAUGCGUGGUAUUUCUUCCUGUUCCAGAACGGCUAUCAGGAGGCGCAGCUCCCGCUGUACGCGACGGCGCUCCUAGCCAAUGUGCUGGCAGUGCCCGCUGGGAGCAUUGCCUCCACACUCAUCAACCAGGAACGCUUCCGAGACCUACUCCAGCUCAAUAUGCUUGGUGGUUCCGUCUUGCUCAUCUGCACAGGGAUGGACCUGCCGUUCCUGGUGGCAAUCUGCAGCGUGACAGUUCUGGCUGGUAUUGUGCUCCACGUGUUCUGGUAGUUCACCAAAUUCACUCUCCAGAGCCUCGUCCUUGGACUUGUUAUGGAUAUUGUUCUUCGAUGCAUGAUGCAUGAUGCAGGCCUGCGCGUCCGCGAGAUAUCCUGACUGUGCUGCAUAGUAGGUGGACGCUUGAGCGGGCUCGCAGUUGUAGGUGCUUGCUGGAGGAUGAAGCCCCAUGUAGAGGAGGUGAGCUUUCCCCCCCCGGUUGCUCGAUCGGUUCUUUUUCACCGCCGUGUAUGUUGGUAGCGCGGGGGCUCUUAGCACACUGGGCGUGGACCCUUUCUUGCAGGUCUAAGCCAGCAGGGGUUUUCCACAGUACAGUUCCCCUCUGCCUGUUUGAGUUCUAGGAGGGAGGGCAGGGGUGGAGGAUCGUCCAACCUGUGCGACGACGGGCAACGGCAGACACCAACUGUAAUACAUCGAUGGCCAUUUGCCAUCUUGAAUUUGGUGCAGGAUCGCUUACAGAGUCUCGAGAUUCUCGUUCAGAGUAUGCCAGUUUUCGGCGCCCGCUUGCGGCAAUGCUCGCCAGGCAGCUGGCGCGAAGUGGUUGAAGCCAUGCUGUCCCCGUGGUCUCUCUCGUCGUACACUUCGCUCUCGACCGCCCUCCCGCCCGCUCUCCCUCGUCGUUGUCCCGGAGCAUGGGCUACAUUAGUGUCGUUCGAUUUGGUAGUCCGAUCGUCCUCCCCCUCCCCCCAUGCCGCGCUAGUACAUGCUGAAUUCUGUUUCACUUCUCAUGCUAUCAUAGGCGAUCGUUCGUUCACGAUUUCGCGGCCCACAAGCGGCGCUUCGGUAGGAUCGUGCGGGGUGGCUGGGGUUUCUGGAAUUUGCUAUUGUGUCUCCCAGCUG